GCGGGGCGGGCGGAACGUCCCGCGCUUUUCGCGCCUUCGGAGCGGCGCGCGCGUCCCAUCGCUCACCUUCCCACCCUCUUGGCCUUGUGCCGGCCGUUACCCCACCCCCCCGAUCCCUCCGUGAGGCGAUGCGCAGGAGCCUGGCCCCCAGUCAGCUGGCCAAGAGGAAGGCGGGCGGCGAGGAGGAGGACAGCGAGUGGCGGCCGCCGGCGACUCAGAAGAGGCAGAAGGCCGGCAGUGAGGCGGAGAGCGGGGACUGCUACAGAUCGCCGUUCCGGAAGCCAUUGACCCAACUGACCAACAGGCCUCUUUGCCUGGACAGCAGCCAGCAUGAGGCUUUUAUCCGCAGCAUUUUGUCCAAACCCUUCAAAGUCCCCAUUCCAAAUUAUAAAGGGCCAACAGGCUUGCGGGCUCUGGGUAUUAAACGGGCAGGGCUGAGGAGUCCUCUCCACGAUCCUUUUGAGGAAGGAGCUCUGGUUCUGUACGAGCCCCCGCUGCUGAGUGCUCAUGAGCAGCUGAAAAUAGACAAGGAUAAAGUGCCUGUCCAUGUUGUGGUGGAUCCUGUCCUCAGUCGUGUUUUACGGCCUCAUCAGAGAGAAGGAGUGAAAUUCCUCUGGGACUGCGUGACGAGCCGGCGUAUUCCUGGGAGUCAUGGCUGUAUCAUGGCAGAUGAGAUGGGGCUGGGCAAAACCCUGCAGUGCAUCACUCUGAUGUGGACACUUCUCCGGCAGAGUCCAGACUGCAAGCCUGAAAUUGAGAAAGCCAUGGUGGUGUCUCCCUCCAGCCUGGUGAGAAACUGGUACAACGAAGUAGAGAAAUGGCUGGGGGGAAGGAUUCAGCCACUGGCCAUUGAUGGAGGCUCCAAAGAAGAGAUUGACCGAAAACUAGUUGGCUUUAUGAACCAACGCGGCCUGCGAGUGCCUUCACCUAUCCUGAUCAUCUCCUAUGAGACCUUCCGCCUUCAUGCUGAGGCACUACAAAAGGGCACUGUUGGCCUGGUCAUAUGUGAUGAGGGACAUAGACUGAAGAACUCUGAAAACCAAACAUACCAAGCUCUCAACAGCUUAAAUACACCUCGAAGAGUCCUUAUCUCGGGUACUCCCAUCCAGAAUGACUUGCUUGAAUAUUUCAGCCUGGUGCAUUUCGUUAAUUCUGGCAUCCUAGGGACUGCACAGGAAUUUAAAAGACAUUUUGAAUUGCCUAUCUUGAAAGGCAGAGAUGCAGACGCGAGUGAAGCUGAACGACAGAAAGGAGAAGAGAGGCUCAAAGAGCUGAUCAGCAUUGUGAACAGGUGAACUUCAUCCCUCUUCUCU